ACGUAACGCGGCCACGCCUCUCCGCACUGCGCAUGUCAGCAAACCUGUCUUGUUUCCCGAUCUGAAGCUGGUUCCUUUUUCGUUAUUUCCAAAACUUCAGUCGACUAUGCUCAAUGACGGUGACACAAAAAGCACAAUGGCGGCGGCGGCCCCCAACCCGGAGGACUCCUCCAGGAGCGGCAGCGGCAGCGGCAGCAGCGGCGCCAGCACGCCCAGCGCCCUCGUCGGAGACGGGGACGCGGAGGAGGCCGAGGACUUCACCUCCUCCUCCCACUGCUCGGAGCUGUCGCGGCGGCAGAACGAGCAGAGGAAGCAGGGCUCCUUCUGCGACGUGACGCUGGCCUUCAGCAGCGGGGCGGCCAGCGGCAGCGUCCAGAGCUGCGAGUUCUCCGCCCACCGGUCCGUCCUGGCGGCGGCCACCGACUACUUCCCGCCGCUGCUCGGGGGGCAGUUUUCCGAGUCGCUGUCCGGUCGCGUGGAGAUGAAGGAGUGGAGCUCGGAACUGGGGCCGGACCCGGACACGGUGGAGAGCGUCAUCCAGUUCAUGUACACGGGAGAAAUACGAGUCAGCACCUGCAACGUGCACGAGGUGCUGGAACUGGCGGACAGAUUCCUCCUGCUGCAGCUGAAGGACUUCUGUGGCGAGUUCCUCAAGAAGAAGCUGAGCCUGACCAACUGCGUGGCGGUGCACAGCCUGGCCCACAUGUACACCCUGGACCAGCUGGCCCUGCGCGCCGCCGACAUGAUCCGCCGCAACUUCCACAAGGUUAUCCAGGACGAGGAGUUCUACACGCUGCCCUUCCACCUGGUGCGGGACUGGCUGUCCGACGCGGAGAUCACGGUGGAUUCCGAGGAGGUGCUCUUCGAGGCCGUGGUCAAGUGGGUGCAGAGGAACGCGGAGGAGCGAAGCCGCUACUUUGAGGAGCUGUUCCGUCUCCUGCGGCUGCCGCAGAUCAAGCCCACCCACCUGACCAGGGUGGUGAAAGCCGAGCCGCUGGUGGCCGCCAACGAGGCCUGCCUGCGGCUGGUGUCCGAGGCCGUAGAGGGCCACGCCAUCCGCUUCGAGAACCUCAAGUCGACCGACAUGGAGUUUUGGUCCUCCCACACGUCCUCCUUUCAGCCCCGCUUCGGCCAGAACAUGGACGUCAUCAUGGUGGUGGGCGGCGUGUCGGAAGGAGGGGACUACCUGAGUGAGUGCGUGGGCUACUUCAUUUACGAGGACCGCUGGGUCAACCUGCCGCACAUCCACAACCACCUGGACGGCCACGCCAUCGCCGCCACCGAGUCCCACGUCUACGUGGCCGGCUCCAUGGAACCGGGCUUCGCGAAGACGGUGGAGCGUUACAAUCCCAAUCGCAACACCUGGGAGCAGGUGAGCAACCUGACCACGCGCAAGCACUCCUUUGGCCUCACCUGUAUCAAGGACAUACUGUACAGCAUCGGGGGCCACGGGAACUUCAGUCCGGGUUUCAAGGACGUCAGCGUGUACGAGCCCGAGUACGACAAGUGGCACAACCUGGAAUCGGCCCCCAAGAUCCUGCGGGACGUGAAGGCGGUGAGCGUGGAGGACCGCUACGUGUACGUCACGGCCCGCACGCCCGUCGACACGGACAACGAGGACGGGCUGAAGACGGUGACCACGCGCUACGACACGGAGAGCCGCCAGUGGCAGGACGUCGACUCCCUGCCCCUCAUCGACAACUACUGCGUCUUCCAGAUGGCGGUGGCCUCCACUAACUUCUACCACACGGCCUCCUGCUGCCCCAAGAGCUACGCGGAGCGCGAGGAGGUGGCCAAGCAAAAGAUCAGCGGGCGCAUCUCCGACGAGAUCCUGGAGAGCCUGCCGCCGGAGGUGACCAGCAUCGAGGGCGCCGCCAUCUGCCACUUCGACGAGGACGUCUUCAUCAUCGGGGGCUGGAAGAACAGCGACGACGUGGACAAGCAGUACCGCAAGGAGGCGUACCGCUACUGCGCCGAGAGGAAGCGCUGGAUGCUGCUGCCGCCCAUGCCGCAGCCCCGCUGCCGAGCCACCGCCUGCCACGUCCGCAUCCCCUACCGCUUCCUGUACGGCUGCCAGCGCUACCCGAUGCCCCAGAACCUGGCCCGCCAGCGGGAUCGCAUGCAGCAGAUGCAGCAGCUUCACCGGCGCACGCUCACCUUGCGCCGGCAGCUCCAGUCGCAGAUAGAGUGCUGAGGCGGUCCGCUCUGAACGUAGAAGGGAGGGGGGGGGGGGCGUCAACCCAGCAACCCCUCACUCCCACUGAACUCCGUGCCCUCGGGCCUCUGGUGCUGCGUUGGGUCCAUGGCUGAUUCGACCCGAGGCCGCGAAACGUGAGGACGGGUGUGCACCGACCCGCUGGUCGUCUCUGACGAAGGAUGAGCGCGUUGUAAAUAUGUGAAUAAGAGGAUUCUAUCUCGUCCAACAACUGAAUCCGUUUGUCAAGUAUUUUGGUAUAGCUGUUUAUUUGUUUGUACAUAAAUAGGAUAACGGUGUAUAUGUAAACAUUUACAUGGGUAUGUUACAUUCCUUUUAUUGUGUGCCUGAAGUGAGGAGCAUUACCAAUAACUGCAUUCCUACAUUAAAUUAAUCUCGCUUAAUGAAGUCUCAUUCCAUUUUAACACUGUGACAAUCUCUUCAUUUAAGUAGAACUUAUGUCUUAGUUCUACCUUGGAACGGCUUAACAAAAUGUGAAUGAUUUCAGAAAGGCUUUUCAUCUUAAUCUUUAGUUUACUUUUAUUUUCCCUUCAAGAGUAUGCUUAUUUAUAAUAUAUGUUUAACCUAUUAAACACAAGAGAACUAGGGAUUUUUCUCCUGGCAUACGGGGGGUGAGGGGGUGUUGUGUAAUUAUAAGAUAACUGUGAUAUUGAAAAGAUAAAGAAUAAGCUAUAAUAUGUCAUCUUAACAUUGAAAUGUUCUAUUUGGCCAUUGCAUUGGGCGUGAAUCACUGGCAAUGGCUCAAUCAUUCCUUUCUUUUGCACUUGGCAGUCUCCUGCUCGGUGCUUUUUUAUUAGUUCCUGAAAAAUUGUUUAUAUGUCAGAGUGUGUGUGUGUGUGUGUGUGUGUGUGUGUGUGUGUGUGAUUUUGGUUCGCAGAGCUUCUCUAACUGCACUUUUUGAAAUGUAAUUGUCUUAAAGAAACAGGGAUUUAAGUUGCCGUUGCACUUUGACUUUGCUUAUGUUGUUUGUUUCUUAUCAGACAAGUUGAUUGUAUUAUGGAAAGGCUUGGAUUUAGCCAAAAAACCUUAAAGUAAGUAUGUUUUGAUCUUUAACAAACACGUUCUCAAUAUUCACGGACUUGUUUCCAACAUGCAAUGUCUUGUUAAACCUUGUGUUAUUGUCCUAAAUUCCAGCUGGGUGUAUAUUAUAGAUCUGCUAUGUUGUUCUGUUGUCUCCUCUGACCCUUCUUAUAGACAUGAAAAUGAGAUAAAAGGGAUCAAAUGUACAGGCAAAACAAACAGGACUGUUAAAGGAAUUUGCUGUGACUGAGAAAUUCCCGCUGUGCAGCGCCGAUUACAGCGUCAAGGUUUGCGGGGCGCAGAAAUUAUAUUCAUUUCCACUUUUGGGACCAACAAAAAUAUCACUGCAAAUAUUGAGUGGAAUACACUUUGUAAUUUGCCUUGCAUGUGAUAAUUUGAAAUGGUGUUUUCUUUAUAUCAGAUGUAAGAAAUGCUAAUGUCACUUGCAAAUAAAUAAAGUUGUUUCGUUAGUCAAACUGUUGCACUCAA